AGAGGAGUUUACAAGAAGAAUGAGUCUGGAAUCUAUGGUAGAAACCUUGCGAGAGGAGGCGCAGGAAGCCGAAGCUCUCCAGGAGGAGUUAAAUGAAAAGAUCGAGAGGCUGAAAGCGGAACUUGUGGUCUUUAAGGGUCUGAUGAGUGAUCCCAUGACAGACCUGGACACAAAGAUUCAAGAAAAGGCCAUGAAGGUGGACAUGGACAUCUGUCGGCGAAUCGAUAUCACAGCCAAGCUGUGCGAUGUCGCGCAGCAGCGCAACUCGGAAGACGUUUCCAAGAUAUUCCAGGUGGCUUCCAAGAAGAAAGACCGCAAGCUCACGUCUGACGAUGACCUCUCGGAGCAGGAUGGAGACAACGGCAGGUUCUCCGACGACGAGGUCAGCUGCUCGCUCAACAUCACGGAUGAAAUGAAGCGUAUGUUUAAUCAGCUUCGUGAGACAUUUGAUUUUGAUGACGACUGUGAUAGUUUAACAUGGGAGGAGAAUGAGGAAACGUUGCUUCUUUGGGAAGACUUCACAAACUGCAAUCCUUCAAUUGACCUCCAAGGAGAGGAAGAAAACCUGGGAAACUUGAUCCACGAAACAGAGUCUUUCUUUAAAACGAGAGACAAGGAAUACCAAGAAACAAUAGGGCAGAUUGAGCUGGAAUUGGCCACGGCCAAGAGUGACAUGAAUCGCCACCUUCAUGAAUAUAUGGAAAUGUGUAGUAUGAAAAGGGGCCUGGAUGUGCAAAUGGAAACCUGUCGCAGGCUUAUCAAAGGCUCAGCUGACAGAAAUUCUCCAUCUCCCAGCUCUGUAGCCAGCAGUGACUCAGGAAACACAGAUGAAAUUCAGGAUGAGUUGGACAGAGAGACGGAUGUGGAGCCCAUGGUCAGCUGAUACACAGUUGGAGCAUUCCAGUGAAAGGGAAGACACAAGAAAAGAUAAAAACAAUACACUGACUGGGGAAACAAAAGACUUGAAAGUCCUUGCA